AUGAAAUUUGCUUUGUACGCCGUUGCCAGCACUGCCGUCGCCUUCUACAUGGUGUACGAGUCGCUGCUUGAAAGACCCAACAUUUAUUCCGUCGGAGUCCAGCUUAUCCAGGGCCCGUACCUGGUGGUGAUCGGGAACUGGUUUCUGGUGAUGGGCAUCACCUUAGGCAAAUUGCUACAGGUGCUGCUGUUUGGCGAGCUGCGAAUAAUCGAAAUGGAGCACAUCUACGAGCGCUCGUGGUUUGCAGUCACCAAUAUGCUCAUGACAAUUGGUGUGUUCCGCAAAGAAAACAACCUGUUGCUCGGAGCACUCGUUUGUGGUUUGUUGUUCAUGAAAUGUUUCCAUUGGGUCUUAGAGGAUAGGCUGGAGAUGCUUAUCCAGCAGAAACGCUCGAUUUUCAGGACCUUGGUCAACAGAAACACCCUUGUGCUGUGUCUUUUCCUGGUGCUCGACGACAAAAUAGUGAAAUCAUGCAUCAACAGAUCGUUUAUCCACUCGGCAGACGUGUUCCUAAUAUUUGGCCUGGAUUUCCUGGUCAUCUACCUCAACGUGCUUGAUGCCACGCUCAAAUUCGUUCUCAACGUUGCAGAAAUGGCUUAUCUCAACAGGUAUCCCGACGAAGACGCUUGGGAGUCCAAGAUCUGGCUGUCAAAAAUCGGCUCCUUCAUCCUGAGUAUCAUCAAGAGCGCGGCGGUCUUGGUGUUGUUUGUCGGGCUCAUAUACGCGGACCGUCUUCCGGUGAAUUUCGCUGGAGACAUGUACACCUCCUUCACCAGCCUGGCCAAACAGUUUGGCGAUCUGAUGUACAUGAUCAAGGCGACAAGAGACUUGAACAACAACAUCAUGAACGCCAACGAGGACGACCUGCGCAAGGAAGACAUUUGCAUCAUUUGCCGUGACGAGAUGGAGAUCGUCAGCGAUAAGAACUCGCGGUCCGCGCCAAAGAGACUCAAUUGCGGCCAUGUUCUACACCACGGGUGUCUCAAGAGCUGGCUUGGACGAUCACAUGUGUGUCCGACCUGCCGCAGAGACGUUUUCCAGAAUAAAUCGCAACCAAACCCGAAGACCACUAUUAAUAUACCUCAGAACGCGUUUAUUCCUCCCGACUGGACAAUUCUACCCGUCACGCGCGCUGGAGACGCGAACUAUACCAUCCAGCUGAACGAUACUACUUUUGCACAGCUCCGAACACGUACAUAG